GCAGAGGGGGAGGAAGCGAUGUUUCCAUGGAGAAUGAGCUACUCACAGUGACAUGGCUGUUUGUCCAUCUGGAACAGAUAAGAGGAGUUCAGAAGACAGAAUAUCAAAAGGUGGCAGUCAGUGGGGAAGAAGGGCUCUCCCCUCUUCCCAUAUGUCCUGGCAUCUGGAACUCUGGAGAAAAAUGUCCAAGGUGGCCCGUACGGGGGCGAGGGGACCCCUGACAACUUGAUACUUCUAGGACAGAGGCCAGGAACAUAUCACUCGCUAGAACUCUAAUGGAGGGAAGCAACCACCGCCUCUCCUCACGGACAGUUCUCAGGCCGCCGGUCUUCGGAUGACAAGAGGAAAGGCCACCUAGGCCCCCUCACCCUUCACCUCAGCUCCUCCAGGGCCUCCAGAGCCAUCGCCAAAGGCAACCCUCGCAUUGGAGGACUGAGCCAGUUUUGACAGGAUUGCGGAAUCUCCUCAUCAGGCCGGGAGCUCAGGCCAAGCCCGAAGAUACAGAAGGGUUCCCGGGAGAGUUCUGACUUCUCAGGACUCAACGGUGAUGCCUGAAGGCCCCUUUAAACUACCACAUUCUUCCUCCAGCCUGGGUUCAGGCAGGUGGGCCCUUCCCACACAUCCCUAAGGCCCAGCUUCCCGCACCCCUAGCCCUGAUUCCCAGGAUAUGAUCUGCGACCUGUUGGCUCCCCUCUGGAUUCUGGGUAGCGGCGCCUAGAUGGAAAGCCCUGGAGGAGGAUUACUCAAUGAACAGAGGGACUGAACUUCACCUAUCACCACCAGGUGGUUUUGGUUGCCAGUUGCCCCCACUCUCCAACACGGAUGAAGCUAAAAACUUUCCAGUUCCUGGGAUCGGGACCUGGCCACAUUCCAUCCCAUCCCGAGCAGUGGAGUGUCUCAGCAGCCUCAAGAUGUGGGUUCAGUGCAGGAAGACAAUCGCUUUAUUCUUUGUGGGCCACCAGCCUCUCUGCUGCCCUUCAGAAGGACAACAAGGGGCUUCUCCGAAGGAGAUUUGGGAGAUUUUUCCAAGUGCCCUGUGGCACAUAGAUGCCCUGCAACUGCUCACUGCCCAGACGGUUCCGAGGACUCAGUGAGAACCAUUGCCUCAUGGGCUCGGUUCCAGAAGUUCCCAGCCUCCAGCUUUUGAACAGGAGCAGCCACCUCCUCCCUGCCCCAGCCCCAGGGGUCUGGUCCCUGGGAGAAGAAUUGGUCGGGCCAGACCACGAGUUUCGUGGUGGCGACCUCAACAUCUGAGUGUGUGUGUGUGAGAGAGAGAGAGAGAGAGAGAGAGAGAGAGAGAGAGAGAAUGUUCUGUGUCCAUUCAGUCAUUCCGUGGUCCUCAUCUCUAUGUCCGAGUCCUUCCUUUCUUCUGUCCUUCUUGACCCUUUGAUUCUUCACUGGAGCCUUCUGAGGGGAUGGGAGGGGGGCACGUUCUUGGUCCAGUUUCAGGGGUGGUGGCCUGGUGUGCGGGAAGGGCUGAUCUGCAGGGCCCCAGUUCUGAUGGAGUAUGCUCUGUGACUUCAGGAUCUGUGUCAGGCCCCGGGCCACUGAAGAGCUGUUUCUGGCAGGAUGGCCCUCACCAUCCAGGUGGUUUCCUUUCUCUUCCUCGUGUCCUUGGCAGCUCCAGGAGAUACAAGAUGUCCUGACCAGGAUCCCACCCUGCAGCCCUGGAAUCCCGGGCACGACCAGGAAAACCGUAUCCACAUCGGCCAGGGCAGGAAGCUGCUGCUCACAUCCUCCAUGACAGCCCACUCCAUCCGCAUCACAGACGGAGGGAAGUUGGUAAUACGUGACAACUCCACUCCCAUCGUUCUGCGCACGAGGCAUGUACUCAUCGAGCGGGGAGGGGAGAUGCAUGUGGGCAGCGAGGACUGCCCUUUCCGCAGCAGCUUCAGCAUCCGCCUGUUUGGAAGAGCGGAUGACGGCACCAUUCCUGACCCUUACUUUGGGCUUAAAUACAUCGGCGUGGGGGAAGGCGGUACAUUGGAGAUGCACGGUGAGAGGAAGCUGGCCUGGACCUUUCUCAACAAGACUCUACACCCCGGCGGCCUAGAGGAGGGUGGAUACUAUUUCGAACGCAGCUGGGGCUACCGAGGGGUCAUAGUUCACGUCAUCGACCCGAAGACGGGAGCCGUCAUCCAUUCCGACCGGUUCGACACCUACAAGUCCAGGGAGGAAAGCAUCCGUCUGGGACAGUAUGUGAGCUCGGUGGCCGACGGCCAGAUCAUGGUGGUGGCCGUCAACGAUGAAGGCUCCCGGAGUCUGGAGGACAGCGCUAGGAAAGCCAUGACCAGGCUGGGCAGCCGCCAUUUCCUACGCCUGGGGUUCAGACACCCUUGGAGUUUCCUGGCCGUGAAAGGUGACCCCUCCUCUGCAGUCGAAGACCACAUUGAAUACCACGGACACCGAGGUUCUGCAUCUGCCAGAGUGUCAAAGCUCUUCCGCGCUGAGAACGGGGAACAUUUCAACGUCUCUUCGACCAGUGAGUGGGUGCAAGACGUGGAAUGGACCGAGUGGUUUGGUGAGCGCCAAGGCACCAAAUCCAAGGACGGGGAGAAGAUUUCAGACCUCCUGGCCGCUCACCCGGGGAAAAUCUGCCCACGGCCCAUCGAUAUCCAGGCCAUGACAGCAGACGGAGUGAAGUUAAUCACAGAAGUGACCUACAAGAGUGGACAGGACUAUCGGUUCGUGUGUCACCAGAAAGGCCAGCCCUGUCAAGACUACCGUGUGCGCUUCCUGUGUGGCAGGCCUGUGAGGCCCAAGCUGACCGUCAUCGUGGACACCAACGUGAACAGCACAGUCCUGCACCUGCAGGAGGAUGUCCGCUCCUGGAAGGUCGGGGACACCAUCGUGGUGGCCAGCACUGAUUACUCCAUGUACCAGGCCGAGGAAUUCCGGGUUCUCCCCUGCAAAACCUGUGCCCCCAACCAGGUCCGCGUGGCAGGGAAGCCAACCUACCUGCACACGGGCGAAGAGCUGGACGGAGUGGACAUGCGAGCAGAGGUGGGGCUCCUCACCCGCAACCUGGUGGUGUUGGGAGAGACCGAGCCAUCCUGCUACCCCUACAGCAAGCAUCUCUGCAACUUCUUCAACUUCGACACCUUUGGGGGCCACACAAAGUUUGCACUUGGGUUCAAGGCCAUCCACCUGGAAGGUGUGGAAUUUAAGCACAUGGGCCAACAGGUCAUGGGUCAGUAUCCAAUUCACUUCCACCUGGCCGGGGACCUAGACCAGAAGGGAGGCUACGACCCCCCAACCUACUUGAGAGACCUCUCCAUCCACCAUACGUUCUCCCGCUGCGUCACCGUGCACGGCUCCAACGGCUUGCUGGUCAAGGAUGUGGUGGGCUACGACUCCCUGGGCCACUGCUUCUUCACGGAAGAUGGUCCCGAGGAACGGAACACAUUUGAGCACUGCCUGGGGCUCCUGGUGAAGCCGAGCACCUUACUCCCCUCGGACCGGGACAGCAGAAUGUGCAAAACCAUCACCGAGGACUCGUUCCCAGGCUACGUGCCCAAGCCCAGGCAGGAAUGCAACGCUGUCUCCACCUUUUGGAUGGCAAACCCAAACAACAACCUGGUGAACUGCUCUGCCGCAGGGUCGGAGGAAACUGGAUUUUGGUUCAUAUUCCAUCACGUCCCGACGGGCCCGUCGGAGGGGAUGUAUUCCCCCGGCUUCUCGGAGCACGUCCCCCUGGGGAAGUUCUAUAACAACCGGGCACACUCCAAUUGUCGCGCGGGCAUGAUCAUCGAUAAUGGCGUCAAGACCACAGAGGCAUCUGCCAAGGAUAAGCGGCCCUUCCUGUCCUUGAUUUCAGCCAGGUACAGCCCUCAUCAAGACGCUGACCCUCUGAAGCCCAGAGAACCAGCCAUCAUCCGACACUUUAUCGCCUACAAGAACCAGGACCACGGCGCCUGGCUGCGAGGAGGGGAUGUGUGGCUGGAAGACUGCCAGUUUGCCGACAACGGCAUCGGCCUGACCUUGGCCAGCGGAGGGACGUUCCCGUACGACGAUGGAUCCAAGCAGGAAAUCAAGAACAGCCUCUUUGUUGGGGAGAGUCGCAACGUGGGGACCGAAAUGAUGGACAACCGGAUCUGGGGGCCCGGGGGCCUGGACCACAGUGGGAGGACCCUCCCCAUUGGCCAAGAUUUCCCCAUCCGAGGCAUCCAGCUUUACGAUGGCCCCGUGAAUAUCCAGAACUGCACUUUCCGGAAGUUUGCCGCCCUCGGAGGCCGGCACACCAGCGCCCUGGCCUUCCGCCUCAACAACGCCUGGCAAAGCUGCCCCAACAACAAUGUCACCCACAUCACUUUUGAAGAUGUCCCGAUCACCUCGCGGGUUUUCUUCGGAGAACCCGGCCCCUGGUUCAACCAGCUGAACAUGGACGGGGACAAGACGUCGGUAUUCCACGACGUGGACGGUUCGGUGUCUGAGUAUCCCGGCUCCUACCUGGUCAAGGAGGACAACUGGCUGGUCAGGCACCCGGAUUGCAUCGACGUCCCCGACUGGAGAGGAGCCAUCUGCAGUGGCCGCUAUGCCCAGAUCUACAUCCAGGCUUUCAAGACCAACCACCAGGGUCUGAAGAUCAUCCGAAACGACUUCUAUACCCACUCGCUCCACUUAGAAGGCGCGCUGACCAAGAACACGCACUACCAGCAGUAUCAGCCGGUCAUCACGUUGCACAAGGGCUACACCAUCCACUGGAAUCAGACGGCACCCACUGACCUGGCCCUCUGGCUCAUCAACUUCAACAAGAAUGACUGGAUCCGUGUGGGACUCUGCUACCCAAAGGGAACCACGUUCUCCAUCCUGUCGGACGUCCACAACCGGCUCCUGAAGCAGACCUACAAGACAGGCACCUUCGUCCGAACCUUACAGAUGGAGAAGCUGGAGCAGAGCUCGCCUACCCGUGGUUACUAUUACUGGGAUGAGGACUCAGGGCUGCUGUUCCUGAAACUGAAGGCUCAGAACGAGCGAGAGAACUUUGCCUUCUGCUCGGUGAAAGGCUGCGAGCGGAUCAAGAUCAAGGCCUCGAUCUCCAGGGACGCAGGCCCCAGUGACUGUGAGGCUGCCGCCUACCCGAAGUAUGCCGAGAAGGCCAUAGUCCAUGUGCCGAUGCCGAAGAAACUCCCCCACUCCCAGCUGAAAACAAAGGACCACUUUCUCGAGGUGAAGAUAGAAACCUCCAAGAACCGUUUCUUCCACCUGAUGAACGACUUUGCCUACAUCGAAGUCGACGGCAAGAGGUAUGCCAUGUCCGAAGAUGGCAUCCAGGUGGUGGUGGUGGACGGGAUCCAGGGAAACAUCAUCGACCACAAGAGCUUCAAAAACACCAUCCUACAGGGCAUCCCAGCCCAGAUCAAUAACUACAUAGCAUCCCUCCCCGACAAUUCCAUCGUGCUGAUGGUCUCGAAAGGAAGAUUCAUUUCCAGAGGGCCGUGGACCAGAGUCCUGGAAAAGCUGGGAGUGGACAAAGGCUUCCGAUUAAAAGAGAAAAUGGCCCUGGUGGGCUUCAAGGGCAGCUUCCGGCCAGUCUGGGUAAGGAUGCUGACGGCUGUAGACAGAGCCAAGACCUUCCAGGCGGUGCCCAUCCCCGUGAGGAAGAUACGGAGCCUAUGA